AUGGGCAGCAUAUCUCUCCGCGACUCAAUCCGGUGGCUGCCAGAGCCCGCCAGCGAGCCAACAUCGACUCUGGUCAUCACAUCUCCCAAGCGCAACUUCGUCGAUAUCCGCGUGCUCCGUCCCGAAGGAAGCGCGAGCAACUGGCCGACGGCAGAAGAAAAAAUACCCUUGGACCGGAUCGAUUGGCUCAUUGCCGGAACCUCUCUGUCAUGGAGUCGCGAGGCCGGAAAGGUCAGUCGCGGUCAGUGGCGCCAUUGGAUUGAUUCGCGCACCACCGACACGGCAGAUCUCGCAGAUGAGGGCGACAUGUACCCGCAAGCUGACGGGACGACGCUCGAGGUUGGCAGGAUGGAGAAUCCCGAGACGGGCAAGGAGACGGACUACGAGGAGGUUUGGCGGGAUCUGAACGCGUUCCCCGAGGGCCUGGAUGAUUCCCUUGAGGCAAUUACUGUGCAAAUCGACCAGGGAGACGUGGCCAAGGGGUCCCUGGUUAGGCUGGGCGGAUUCUGUCAGGGUUUCCUCCGCAAGGGUGAGAGGUUGUCGGCGGAGCGCUGGGUGUGGAUUGAUGGAGGAGCUGGCUGGAAGAGGACCAUUAGCAUUGGCGAGGAUGAACUGCCUUGCUCCCAGGUGCUGGUGAGCAAGUCGAAAUGGCAUGUGGGAGAUUCUAUCGCUGUUGGAGAGGACAAGUGGAAGGUCAUCGAGGUGUCCGAGCACUUCAAGAAUCGGUUAUAG